AUGGACUGUCUGAGACGGAAGAACCACAAGAAACGCGAGCACAAGAAACAACGACCCGUGUCUGCUCACGUUUCUUCAAGCCAGAGUCAGCCAUCCUUAGUGGAACACAUCCCCAAUGGCAGCCUGCCCAGGGUCAGUAGCACUGGACUGUGGAUGGAGACGCCGGGUGUCUACGCAGUGCCUCCAUCUCAGAAUUACUAUUACCCUCAUCCCCACAGCUACGGCAUGUAUGGCAAAGAAUACACCUACCCCAUGUCCCGGGCCAUAUCGGAGUCAAGAAUACCACAACCUGUACCAAUGCCAGGCCAGCGAUUCUACCACAGCCAACACCUAGCACCUCUCUAUGAGGUACCGCCAUCCCGAGGAAUGGAAAUAUAUGAUUACCCAUUUUCAGUGCAAAAUGGCGGCUACCGAUCCAAACUGCUGGAAUCAAGACACACCCCUGAGUACUACAGCAACAUGGGUGAGUUUAUCAUGAAGCCACGAGUCGAGAGGUCUCAAAGUAUUACAGAAGAAAGGCGACCAAUAAAACCUCAACAACGAAAGGAAAUACCCAAACAAUCAAAGACAUUUGGCCAAGAAAAUGGUAAAGUACCAGUCGCUAUAAAUAAUAAUAGUAGCCAUCGAUCAUCAUGGGCUGAUGAAGGCAGAACGUUAUUAAAGCCUUUAAAUGGUUUAUCUGAAGGUCAAAAAGUAAACGGUGAAAACUUUCGUGGUAUUCUGCCCAGCAGGGCGCUUUCAGCUGAGUCCAUAGCGACAAACAGAACAACGAUACCUUCUAAAGAAUCCAUACCUGCAGUACCAUACACUACUCGAUUACUUCAACAGCAUGGCUCAACAAGUACGGUCAGCGCUACCGUACAUAGUUCAGAAAACACUAUUUCUCCUUUGGCUACAGACAGCAUGAAACUUCUGGCCAAAAAUAAAACUGAUGAUCAAAAAACGCAACCUUCCUUUUCAUCUCUUAUAGAGGAAAAGAACGCAAAAAAUAUCGACAACAAUGACAGUGAAUUGAACCUUAGACAUUACAUUUAUGAAGGUUCUAUUUACGCUGUUCCAAAAAGAAAUGCUAAUGACAGUGACUACGACAAUCCUAUCGUAAAUCGUAUAAAAGAUAUGGUCAUUGAGAAAACUCGAAAUAGUCCUACUCUAUCUCCUGUCGGCAGCUGGAAGAAUCCAUACGAGGGCAGAAUUUCCAACACUGUGAAAACGCCAGCGUCAGGUGUCGAUAACUCUUAUGAGAUCAGUAAAGUAACGAAAGUCGUUACAACUACGGUGACAGAAUCUUUUGAACCUGCAAGCAUUUCGGUUAAGAAGAAUUCUUCAGCGCAGCAGACGAGCAAAAAUAUUGACGUUGUUGAUGGGUUAUUCCUGCCAGACAUUUCUGAUCUGGAUAAAGAUUACAAAGAAGUCUCUUCGUCAAAGCUAGCAGUUCCAAACGUCGUGGUACAUUCGGAUGAAGUAAGCAGACAAACGGGUAUACCCAGUCCUUUCAGUGACAAGAAUAAAGGCGACUUGUCUCCAAGAUGGAGCUUGGAUACUGACAGUGGCACUGAUGAUAUAAACAAAGCAGGUAAACACCUCGCUUCAACAGCCUUCCAGUUUUUGGACAGUUACCUGUCUGAUGACGAAGGCACGGAAAGCCUUGUCGAGAGCCCGCCUCUAUCUCCAGGAGGACUGAAAG